AUGGAUACUGUGGGAAAGUUCAUCCGUAGUAUGGAUACCGUGGAUCCCCCUAUCCACGCCAGUCCAUCCGAUGGAUUAAAUCAAUCUUUGGGUUCUGAUGGGCAUUGUCGCGAGCAUUACUCGGCAUCCCAGAGCACAGGGAUCCCGUCCGUAGUUUGGACUGUGUUAGACGCUACAUACGUUGGCGAAGUACUUCAGCACGACACUUCAAUGGAGCCAGCAAGCGAUGGAAACCUUGUAGUCGCAACGAGGCCCGAGAAGCUCUACUUACAUGAUAAACAGAUGCAUCACGUUUAUUCGUAUCGGAUCGUCGACAGGCGUGUAGAUAAGCGCCCGAGAAGUGUCACACACUGGCUUUCAUAUCACGGCGAGGCAGCAGUCGCGCAGCAACGUGUCGGAACUCUGCGAAAGCGCGGUAUACCUCGACAACAAUCCAGCAAUCGGGAUGCGAUUGCUACGAAAGAACGUCACCCCGCACUUCUUAAGAUGUUGAUUUGGUGCCUGUACAACCCGUCUAUCUUGGGGAACGAUGGUUCCUGA